UUUUCUUUCUUUAAGAAAUAAACAGGACUCUGCGCUCUGCGUCUCUCUCGCGCGCAUUGGAGAUCAAUGGCAAUGACGGGAGUGGGAGGAGGAGGUACGCUAUCGGAUGUAUACCAGAGUGCGAAGAGGCAACUACUGAAAGCGAGAGACGGAAUUGAGAAGCUUGAGAGAACAACUUCAAACGGCGGCCUGGACUCACCCGAGAUGUUAUUCGCCGUCAAGAUUGAUAUCUCCCAGAUCCUCUCACUAUGCACCGACAUGGACCGCCUCUGGCGAUCAAUUGCGGCAAAGCCCCAACGCGAUCUCUGGAAAAGAAAGGUGGAACAAGUGGCCGAAGAAGUUGAAUCAUUAAAGUACAGUUUGGAUAGGUAUGUCUCAAGGAAUCAGAAACGGAUUAGGGAAGCUCAAGAGAGGGCAGAACUGUUUGGAAGAGCUAAUGGAGACUCAGCACAUGUUUUGAAAAUUUUCGAUGAGGAAGCACAAGCAAUGCAGUCAGUUAGAAAUUCAUCGAGGAUGUUGGAAGAAUCUUUAUGGACUGGAUCUGCUAUUCUAUCUAAGUAUGCUGAACAAAGGGAACGCCUUAAGAGUGCACAACGGAAGGCUUUGGAUGUCCUUAACACUGUGGGGCUUUCCAACUCUGUUUUGAGGCUCAUUGAGAGGAGAAAUCGUGUUGAUAGAUGGAUCAAAUAUGUGGGGAUGUUCAUCACCGUCAUCGUCUUGAUUCUCUUCGUGAAGUGGACUCGUUGACCUGACUCUAGUGCUUUGCCUUUGAUUUUAUAGAACUUACUACAUUCGUUUUCUUUCUGAUUCCUAGAAAGACUUAAGAGGUUGUACUAGGCCAACCUGAAUAUACCAAUACGGCCAUCCCCUUUUGAAAACAUGUUUAGAGGCUUGUACAUGUAGUCGAAACUUGGAGGUACAUAUUGGCAAUGAAAUAAAUUUCAUUUUGUUGCUGCAA